CUUCCAUUUGACCACAAUGGCCUACACCCUCACUGUUCUCUACCCUAAUGAAACCGACGCAAAAUACAACCUUGAUUACUAUAUCUCCAACCACAUGCCUUUAGUGGAACGACACUGGAAGAAGUACGGCAUCCAGAGUUGGUCGGUAACCCGGUACAAUCCCGCGGUUGACGGGACUCGGCCUCUUUACACAAUCGGAUGCAUUAUCGCCUGGGAAAGCGAGGAAAGCAUUCAGGAAGCCUUUAAAGGCCCCGAAGCUGCGGAAGUCCUGUCAGAUGUAUCCAACUUCAGCAACAAGCAACCGAUAUUCUUAAUUGGAAAGGGGGUAGCCAAGACAUAAUGGGGUUUGUGAUGUGGGAGGUAGGACAGUUCAUCCCCCUUGCCUGAGGUCAACAACUUGGAU